AGUUGGCUGUUUGGAAUUAUCAGGAUACAAUGAUCAACAAUAUAAAUUAUAAUUUAAUAUACCGUCAACUCAAUGGAAUUAAAUAUUAAGAAUUUACAGGACUUCCAGAAUAUGUAGUUAACUAGUAUCAGUCAUGCGUCCUUAGUUAUUAUAGUUGUUGAUUGAUUUGAAAGAAAUUACAUAAUUGAUACUAAAAUUACAUACUGUACAUAAUCUAUUUCAUAAUGGAGCAAGAGAAUUUUGAAGAUGCCAAAAAGAUUAAUUUUCAAAAUAAUCGACUUUGUUAUAUUGGCCAAGAUGUAACAUGUAUUCCAGAAGUACUUGGAAAAAUGUAUGGAUCAAAAGUACGAUCUUUAGAUUUAAGUUUUAAUAACCUGACAACAUUGAACCAUUCAGAACAUUUCUCGGAAUUAGAAGAGUUGAUAUUGGAUAAUAAUCAUUUAGAUGACAAAAUAAUUUUACCUCAUUUACCUAAUUUACACACUUUAUCACUAAACAAUAACAAAAUAACAAUACUUGAAAAUUUAAUUAACCAAAUCAAAUACAGUAUGCCUUCUUUGAGAUUCCUCAGUUUACUUGGAAAUAAGGCAUGUCCAACGCAACUAAUUGAUUUUGAAAAAGACGAAGAUGAUUAUAGGCGAUACAGAUAUUUUGUGUUGUAUUAUUUGCCAGAGUUAAAAUUUCUUGACUCAAGACCAGUUACUAAUGAAGAACUUAGCACAGCAUUAGAAAAAGGAGAAUUCACUAAAGUCAUACGACCACGAUAUGAAAAUGAACCACUUCAAUAUGAUUGGAAAUUAUCCAAUGUUACUCAUCCACUUGCAGAUACAUCAAAUAUUUUCUUGCCAGCAGAAGAGUCUAUGACACAUCAAAUUCAUCAUCAAGCUGCAUAUGGACGUCGUCGUUUUCGUUAUGCUGGAAAACAUUCAGAGGGUAACAGAUUUAUUUUAAAUAGAGACUUAUAAAUGUAUAACAUAAUUCUUAAACAUUAUAGUUAUCACACUAAGUCUUAAACAUAAUAAUAAUUUUUAAUUGUAAAUAACUAAAUCUGAUUAUUAUUAAAAUAAAUUGUUCAGUAAUGCAUACUCUGUUCUUAUUCUGAACAGAGUAUCGCGUAAAUUAAUCUUUAAUGAACCCAGCAAAAUGAAAGUAAUAAUUUUAAAUGUAAUGAAAGGCUCAAAUAGUGUUUAAUAUCUAUAAUUAGAAAAUAUUACUCUUACAUAUUAUAUUUAAAAAAAUUAAAUUUAGAACUUAAAAUAUUUUAAUACCAUAAUAAAUAUUAAUUUAAUUGAUAAUUAUGUUAAUUUUAAAUCUGUAGAGAUCUGUUAUAUUUUAUAGUUAAUUUUAUUGUGCUUUGUAUAACUAUAGAUAAAAAUAUAAUAUUUUUAUUUUUAUGAAAUAAACUCAAGUGCAUGUACUGUGAAA